UAAAAUAUCGAUAGUGGUUGUCGACAACACUGUCCACCGUGGAACUUUGGCGGAAAGUUGUGAUUGAAGUUUGUUUGCUUUAGUAGUUUUUUGGUAUAAUUUUUUUUUAGCGUACAUUUUUUUGUAAACCAUGUCUGGGCAAUGGGAAACGGUAGUAAGGAAAAAAGAUAAAUCUAACAAAACUGCAAGUAUAGACAAUAACAAACCGAAAAAUUUCAAAAACAAGCAGAGCAAUAUCUUAAAUAAUGUUAAAAUCGAAGAAAUUUUACCGAAAUCGCAAAUGAACAGCAUUUACGCAAACGUAAAGGGGAAGGAGGAAAAAAAUACCCAAAAAACUAAAAACCCAAAUGUGAAAAAGUCGGAACAGAAACCUAAUAAAAUCAACAAAGAACCGCUGAAACCAAAACCUCCUAAAUCCAUCGAAAGUGCUCUUACUUUAAUUGAUGUUACCGAAUUUAGUUCAAUUUUUGAGAGGACCAAAAGUUUGUACCCCGACGCGCCUAUUUUAUGGCUCAAAGAAUUAACCGACUAUUUAAACCACAAAAUACCAGUAGAAGUGCCUGAUCCAGUAUUUUCAAAUAAACCUUCCGGUUUUCCUCUUUCAGCGGCCCCGUCCGAAAUAAAACUUGUCAUUGAAAAAUCGGUAAAGGAAGCGGGAAAGGGUAACAUUCAAACCUUUUUUGACAUUGCUUUAACUUCAUUGGCCACUGAUUUGAGUAAGGGACUUCCCGCCGUAGGAUACCGGUUUUUCUUGCAACAUAUCGCUACAAAAGAGCCCCAAUUGGUGUUGCUUAAUUUGGGGAAACACAAAUUGUUACGCAACUCUUAUCAGAAUAGGUCAAACAUUACACUGCCGAUAUUCUGGGCACUGGGGCAUACUGGAAUAGACGAUUUGCACAGUGGUUUGAAAGUUUUCGAAGAGCUGAUGUUGCCAACGAUAGACAUGAAAAAUUACACUCAGUACGUUACAAAAUAUCUGAUCGAUUUGCUCGGUUAUAAUCACGAUACGUCCAUAUCGAAUGACCAAUACUUUUUGAUUUUGGACGCUCUGUUGUCAAAUAAGAAAUCGUCGGGGUCGAAGCAACUGACGAAGCAACUUGGCGACACGCACUCUUACGUUCAGACUCUGUUGUUUAAAAACAUGAAGGAGCUCAACGGCCAAUUGGUGGAGCGGUUUCUCAAAAAGAUAUCAGCCAACGGCAACAAAACCUACCAGGACUGCCUUUGUGAUACCCUAGUCGCACUGUUUUCGAGGGAUCACAAUGCUUUGGGUGAAUGGCUCAGACUUUACCCAAAAUAUGUUUCACCAAGUGCCGUUUUGUUCAAUUAUAUAGAUAGAAAUUUUGAUAAACUCAAAAAUUUAAUAAAACAAGGUGCGUUAAAGGAGUGCCUGUUAAAAUUCGAGCAGCAAAAUGAAGAGCUGUCGUUGAGGAAAAAGAAGGAGCAGGGAUUGGCUGAUGCAGUUUUGUUGACUCGGAGAAUAUUGGAAAGAUUAGAGAGACAAAAGAUGCCUCGCAGCUCGGGUGGACUUUUAAAAUUUCUGGUAGUUUUGGGGCUUUUGGGGGCGAGCCUCGAAGUAUACAUAAAGAUGCGACAGGGUCGUUUCGAGGAAUCCUCUCUGUAUAAAGCUAAUACGGUGAUUAUUGACGGGUCUACCUGGGUUAAUGCACGCGCCAAAGAAACCUUCCCUGAGCAGUAUAAGUUGGUAGUCACAUUCGUCGAACCCUAUGCGGACUUGUUUAGAGACGUGGGCAAGGUGUUGGGGGUAGCAGUUUUGAAUUUGUGGAGUUCCGUAACGCCCCACGUCAGAGACCAUUACUCAUCGCUUGAAAAAACGGUGGAAAAGCAUUUUCCCGGUUUAGUUAACCAAACGGAGAAUGCUUACAACUUAGUAAGUUCCAAGGUGGUUUCUUAUUGCAACAUCACUUUAGAGUAUUUGCAAACAAAAUUACCUGUUGACCAAUUGUCGACGACAAGUGUUCAGAGGAUAGUGACAGAAGUCAGCAAAGUUACAUUCCAUAAAGUCACAGAAUACUAUGUGUGGGCAUUCGAAAAGGUGCAGUCAAUCGUGAAGUAACUAGACUAGUAAUUAGAGGUUAGGUUAAAAAUUGUUUUUAAUGAAUUUUUGGUGAUUACAAAAUUGUUAUCAACUAAGUAUAAUUUUGUAUGGAAUAAAAGUUUUUUU